CCCAUGAACCCCCACCAAUCUAAACCCUUCAUUGUUCUCAAUCAGCCCAUCUUAAAGUGAGGAAUUAUUGGGUUCUUCACCCGCAACGUUCUCUCUUUUACACCGCCUUUUCUUCUUCUUUAAUUCUCAUUCUUAAAACAGAAAUAGAGGAGGAGAGAGAGAGGAGGAACGGAGACACAAACACAGACAGUGAAGGGAGGGAGUGAGUGAUCAUCGACUUUAUAGCACACCGCAGAGUCGCCGGAAAAUGACGACUUACGGUACAAUCCUGACGUCAUCCUCGGCAGCAGUGCCAAACCUAGAGUUCAUUUCCCGCGCAAAGGAGCGAUUGAACUCAGGGCUAGCCACACCUCUGCCAUGGAAGGACAUGUUGAACCUCCACUCCAUUUCCCUUCCUGCUACCCUCAACGAAGCAUUGGGACGGAUCACAACCAACCUCACCUUCUUCCGCACCAACUAUGCCAUUUUCGUGCUCUUCCUCCUCUUCCUUAGCCUCCUCUGGCAACCCAUCUCUCUCAUCGUCUUUAUCAUCACCAUGGCCGCCUGGCUCUUCCUCUACUUCCUCCGCGACGAUCCUCUACUCAUUUUUAACCACACCAUCGAUGAUCGUGUUGUGCUGAUCGUACUCUCGGUCCUCACUAUCCUUCUCCUCUUGUUCACUCACGCCACCGCCAAUAUACUCAUCUCCGUCUUUGUUGGAGUUGUGCUUGUUUUGAUUCAUGCUGCUUUGAUGAAGAUUGAUGACUUGUUUUUGGAUGAAGAAGCUGAUGGAGCUAGUGUUUCUUUUGUUGGAGUCUCAUCGUCUUCGUCUUAGCAAAUUGCUCUCUGCUUGGGUGCUCUACUGUUUCUGUAUUAGUAUUGAUUGCUAAAAGUGAUUGUGUUUUUCGUUCUUCGUCUUGCCAUUGUGUAAGUAACUGUGUUUUACUACUAAUAAUUUUAUGUGAUUCUCAUUCUAGCUUAUAGAAUUGUUCUCCAAA